AGCCGCGGCACCGCCACCGAGCGCGGAGCCUUCCGCGGCAGAGAAGAGUCCCGCAGUCUCCGGCAGCGGCGCGGGAGCAGCCCGGCACCGCGCCCUGGCCACGGCUCUGCGGAGGGGCCCGAGCCCGAUGUGACCGGGCGGGCGGGCGGAGCCCCGAGCACCAUGGGGGCCCUGGGCGUGACCCUGGGGAUUUUCCACUACCUGGGGCUCUACCUCCAUCUGGGCGCCCCGGCGCGGGCCCCCGCGGCCAACGCCCUGUUCACAGAGACCCCGCACGACAUGACGGCCCACGCUGGGGAGGACGUGGAGAUGGCCUGCUCCUUCCGAGGCAGCGGCUCCCCCUCCUACUCGCUCGAGAUCCAGUGGUGGUACAUUCGCAAUCACCGGGACUGGACAGACAAACAGACGUGGGCUUCAAACCAGCUAAAAGCAUCUCAGCAGGAAGAAGCUGGGAAGGAGGCGACAAAAAUAAGCGUGGUGAAGGUGGUCGGCAGUAACAUCUCCCACAAGCUGCGGCUCUCCAGGGUGAAGCCCACCGACGAGGGGACGUACGAGUGCCGGGUGAUCGACUUCAGCGACAGCAAAGCCCGGCACCACAAGGUCAAGGCCUACCUGCGGGUGGAGCCGGAGGAGAGCUCUGAGGCGCACCGCCACGGCUCCUCCGCCGGGCAUGUGCAAGACACCCAGCUGCUGGGCGGCCAGCUCUCUGACCACGCCAGACUGAGCGGCACCCCCUCCCACCCCCAGCACCACCCCCACAAAAUGGGCAAAGAGCUGAGGAAGCGGGCGGCAGACACCUCCUGCCUGCUGUAGACUGAGCCGGCGUGGCAUGGAACGGGCUGCUGGAUUCCCCCCCCCCACAUCCCUCCCCCCCCAGACUGGGCAGAGGAGGAGUGCACGAGGACCAGCAGCAGCUGGGCCACCGGAGCGGUGCCGGGUCGAUGGAAAUCUAAUGCUCCAAAUCAGAGACUGACGUGUGCGCACAUGCUGUGACUCUCGCAUGUACCCCGCUCUCCCCACCCUGCCAUGUAGCUGUGGAUUUUUUAAUUUCUUUAAGUACCCUCGAGCCGAUGCAGUGCCAUUUCCAGGCGUCGAAUGCAGAAAUGAGACCGCUCUAUUCCCAAGAAGGGGGUAGCCAGAGCGGGGAAGACAAGUCUGGCUUCCCCUGUGCCAUCAGCUUGUAAGAGGGGCUCUCCCUGCUGUCUAUGCCCAGGGGAGGGGCUGGGGUUCAUUUCCAUGGACUACAGCCACAGGUCACACUGUUUCCCCCUGGUGUGCCGUGUGCAGACAGGGCUUCCAGCUAUGUGCCAGGUUUAGUGUAUGCAAACUGUGCUCACACCCGUCUCACAUUGCUAGCUUUUUAUCACUUUAGUGAACCCAUCUGGCUCUCUCUGUGUGUGGGAAUCUUGCAAUCACUCCCUUUUGCUUUGCCCCACGAGUCCCGUCCUCCCUCCCUCGAGAGAUCCAGUGUAGUUACACUGUUUGGAUCCAGUUGUGCGGAUACAGGUUAUGUCACUCAUUCCUAUAGACUGUAAAUAAAGUUACCUCUUCCAGGCUGCCACAACCUGCCCCCCGGCCGAGAAGGCCAGUCUCUGUGGGAGGAAGAGAGGGGCACUCUGAAUGGAAAGCCCAGCUGGUUUUAAGAAGCCAUCACAUCGGCUGGCGGGAAGGGGCAGAAAACGCCAACCUGCUUGAUUUCAUUUGGAUAAAAGACGGGCCCUAAGUCGGCUGGUUUGUGGCUAAGUGGGGGGAAGCGCAGGGCUCUGCCACCUGGAGUUAGCCCAAGCCUGGGGAGGAAGAGCUCUAGGGAGGUUUUGCACCCACUGCCCCCCCCUUUCCCCGUUGCAUUUCAUGGAGAAGUGGGGAGGAGCUCGGGCCUGGCUCUGGCUCGUGAGGACAGUUGAUUGUGCCCAGCCCACUGUAGGGCUCAGGCUGCCCCUCCCUCUCUGUCGAACCCGUCCCUCUGUCCAGGGAGGGGGGUGGGUGCAGCCACAGCCCAGUUCCGAGAAUUCCUGCCCUUGGUUGUUCAAUUCGACAGGCCGAGCCCAGCCCCCCUUCCCGUGGCAGGCGUUCCUAUUUCUAUGUGUUCCGAUCACCCGCGGGGAAGGCGAGCUACCGCCCGCCCGCGAGAGCAGCCCUGGUGGGGGCGGGAGGCCCGCAGCCCCCUGACCUGUAGUCACACAGGAGGAGGGGAAAGGGGAACUCAGCUGCUCCCUCGCUCUAACCUCCCCAUGCACCACAUGAUCCAAGCUGUGACCCGCUGAAGCGAAUAAAGCUCUUUAAAUGAA